AUGACUUCGAUAUACGCAAUUUAUGAGACGUCAACCUUAUCUGUUGUGAUUGCGCGGGAUUUGAGAUUGUCUGAAGCGUUAACAAAUCUUCGCCGAUACCGUGUAAUUAAUGUGGUGUUCGUAGUCGUCGUCGUCGUCGUCGUCGUCGUCAUCGUACUGGUUCGGGUUCUAAGUCAAGGUCGUACACAGCUUGCUUAUUGUCGUCGUUGA